GCGCCAGAUCCGACCUGCGCGUUGCGUCUAGUAUUCCGUUCUCCAAGUGAUUGAAAUACACGUAUCGGUUAUUGAGUUUCUGGUGUGCAAAGGUUGGUGAGUAAACAACCAUGUUUAAGGACGCUCCUCCUACAAAAAUGUGGAACAACUGUUUAUACAACAACCAUGGUCUACCUGAUAAUUAUGUAGAUUCAGAUUUCUUGUCUGGAUUAAAAGAAAACCUGUUUCUUCCCAAACUUCGAGCACGUGAUGUUAUAAUUGCUGCUGGCAGCAUUUAUCAACAACUCUGUUGUUUGUUUUUGUUUGUAAUUAUAUACUUUUAUCUACUGUUAGGCUGGAUUUCUCCACGGUAUCUCAAUAUUUACCUUUUCUUCUUUAUAACUAUUGGAUAUGCCAUGUUUUGGUCAAUGAAAGAGGAAAAUGAAAGACAAUUUCAUAAAGUCAUACCUGAAAUCAAGUCGGGCGUGGUAUUUUUUACAUUUUGCUUUCUGCUUGCUCCUGUUCUACAUUCUCUCCUAUCGAGCGUAAGCACGGACUCUAUAUACGCCAUGUGUACUUUUUUUCUUCUUGUGUACUGGACAUGUUUUGAUUACAAGACUCAUUGGAAAGGGCAUCCUCGAAGGCCAGGGUCGAAUACUAUUUCUCUGAGUUCUGCUUUGUUAGCUGCUCUGUGCUUGGCUAGUCGUUUACCUGGCCCUUAUCAUACUUUCGCAUUGCUUUCCACUGCCGUCACUUUACUAGCAUUAUGGCCAGCAUUAACGAGAAGGUUUCGCAAUAAUGGAGGUGAUCGAGCACAAAUAUGCUUAACCAUAUUAUCUGGUUCUACAACUCUUCUGAGUGCUUGGCCGAUAGUUUACAAUGAAGUAUCAUUUGAAUAUAGAUGCAUCUUUCUUUGCGUACUCAUAACAUCGACUCUGUGUAUUAAUUUUGCUGGACCGUGUUACUUAUUAAAAAUGCAAAAAAUUAAAAGUAGAUCGUCAUCAGCCAAAGAGUCUUCGACCCAUGGGUUUUCCAGUGUCGGCCACCACUGAACUCUUACAUGUCUAUUGCAUACCUGAAUUAAUGACUCAAGCUUCUAAAAAAAACUAACUUGGAUGAUUGAAGCAUAUUUGAGCAUUCUUCUGCACAAGAUAAUCCCAGAAAGCAUACUCCCUGCUGCACGUUACGUAUUGUACUUAAGUCCUGCGAGUAAAAUACCCACAUGUAAGAUAUAUACAUAAUUAUAAUAUCAAAAUCAAUCUGCGUUAGAAGUUUGCUUAGUACAAAAAAUACAAGUCACACCAAGAAUUACAAGCAACUUUACUGGCACAAUGAGACAACAUACGUAUUAUUUAACCGGAAGAAUGGAAUCGCGAUGGUUUUUAAGAUAGGUAUGAAUAAUCCAAAUUUUUAUUCGCAGUUAUUGUGAAAGGAGAAGGAAAUCGAUCAACAAAAUGGACUACCUUUUGAAUAAGAAAUGAAGACGAAGGUCAUCAGAAAUACGCGAUGUAUUUGCCAAACACAUUUCGAACAAUCUGACAACACGUACUACUUAAUAAAUAA